AUGGCAUCCAAGGGUCCGUCCAUCCACCGUGUUACCUUGUUCAAGGUUCCGGAUCCGGCGAACCAGAAGAAACUGGUCAAGCCAUACAUCCUCCACUGCCAUGCCGGCCAGGCCAAGGAAGACCCUCGCUCCAAAGGAUACACUGUUGUUGCGUACACCGUAUUCGCCAGUCUGGACGACAUGAAGUACUACGACACCGACUGCGCGGCACAUGCCAAGCUCAAGAAGGUUGCUGUUGAGAUUGUGGAGGAGUUCCCGCUUGUGGUGUACCGGGAGGUUGAGGGAGGGUUGCCGAACUGA